ACCCCGCCGCUCGUUUGGCCUCCCCGCCGCUACUAUAACUUGGCGGCCUCUCCUCCCAACCCAUCCAUCGUCCUAGACUCCUAGCUCCCAGAACUCCUCCUCAGUCCUCACUACCAGCGCUGCCUCUGCUCACUCGCCGUCCAUUCCUCUUCCCUCUCGAGCAAGCUCGUCAGCAUGUCGACGGUGUCCCUUGACCAGAAGCUUGCCCUCGCCAAGCGCUGCUCGAGAGAAGCCACCCUCGCUGGAGCCAAGGCAGCAGCUGUAGCCACCGUCGCCUCCGCGAUCCCCACCCUGGCGAGCGUGCGGAUGCUGCCGUGGGCCAAGGCCAACAUCAACCCCACCGGCCAGGCCCUCAUCAUCUCCACAGUCGCCGGCAUGGCCUACUUCAUCGCGGCGGACAAGAAGAUCCUCUCGCUGGCGAGGCGGCACUCGUUCGAGAACGCCCCCGAGCACCUCAGGAACACCUCCUACCAGGGCACCGGCCGUCCCCACCCAGCCUUCUCCAGGCCCUGAUCGGCUCGCAAGCACAUUAAAGACCCGUGCUGCCCUGCGCUCUAGCCUCAUCUAGAUAUGUAUACCGUGUGUGUAUGCUUGCUGCAAUAAUAAGCAGGCCUCUGCAGAGCAGGCCGGCAGGUAGCUGCCUGCUCUAAGCUUAUUUGCAUGGGAAGCUUCUGCAGUGUGGCGUAGUCUUUGAAUAUAUGCGUCCAUGCCGUGUACUAUUACUCUGUCGCGGUAAUGAAAUACUACUAGUUCUUGUCA